ACCUGCCUCUUUCCUAUUGUAAAGUGAGAACAGUUCUCCGGGGGUGAACUCCGAGUCGCGGAAGCUGGAGAUCUAUUUCUAAUUCUUUUAGUUUCUUUUAUUUUGUUACAGUAUUUACGACUGUAAAAAAACAUCUAUUUUUCUUACUAUAAAUUUGGGGCACCUCUUUCUGUUUAGGUUUACCUUGUACUUCCGGUGUGUUGUGAAGGUUGUAAUAGUGUACAGUUCUCUCGGUUCCUCUGCGAGUUCUGGGUUUGUUUUUAGUGAUCGAGAUGAGAAUGAUGCUUUAAUCGUGUGUUUUGGGGGUAAGUCAUUUCUCUUUAUUGUCCCUGGGGUGAUUGAUUUAUUUUCGUGAGCGAUGGCGGAGGCUGAAGAGGAGUUUCCUGAGCAGAUCAAUGAUGCGGAACUUUCACUGCGGGGAAUUAACAUGUUGCUGAACAACGGCUUUAAGGAGAGCACCGAGCUCUUCCACAGAUACAGGAAUUACAGCCCUCUGAUGAGCUUCAGCGCGAGCUUUGUCAGUUUUCUGAAUGCCAUGAUGACGUUUGAAGAGGAGAAGAUGCAGGUGGCAUGUGAGGACCUGCGGGCCACGGAGAGACUGUGCGAGUGUGACGGCGCCGGCGUGAUCGAGACCAUCAAGAACAAGUUCAAGAAGAAUCAGACGGAGGGUCAGAGGUCAGGGGUGACCGUGGUCGAGCGUCUUCAGAGGCUCAUCAUAGUGGCUGACUGUCAGGUUUAUCUGGCUGUGUUGUCCUUCGUCAGACAGGAGAUCUCAGGAUACAUUAAAGCUGGCUGGAUUCUCCGUAAGGCCUGGAAAAUGUACAAUAAGUGCUACAAUGAGAUCACCCGCUUGCAGGAAGCUUGCCAGAGGAGGAGCUCGGCACCACAGGGGGCGCUUUGUUUUGAUCAACCCAAACAGAAUCAGGAUGCCUCAACGCCUGAUCCCACAGCGGUCUGCUCCAGUGAACCUGAACCCAGUCAAGAUUCUUCACUGGCUCCUGUCUCAGAGGGGUCACAGAAUCCCAAAGCUUCCUCCGGUCGGUCCAAACACCUUCCGAAAUCUCAGCCUCGGCUCGAUUACAGCGUGACCGCAGAGUCCCUGAGUCGUCUCAAGGGUUCGGUCAGCUUCGGCUACGGCCUGUUCCACCUCUGCAUCUCUAUGGUGCCUCCUCACCUGCUGAGGAUCAUUAAUCUGCUAGGAUUCCCCGGCUCUCGGCAGGAGGGGCUCGAUGCCCUCACGUACUCCAGCGAAAGUAAGGACAUGAAGGCCCCUCUCUCUACAUUGGCCCUGCUGUGGUACCACACAGUUGUUCAGCCCUUCUUUGCCCUCGACGGCUCUGAAACAGAAGCUGGACUUCAGACUGCGAAAGCCAUACUUCAGAAGAAGGAAGCUGAAUAUCCAGACUCCUCACUCUUCGUCUUCUUUAAAGGACGAGUGCUGCGGCUCGAGUGUGAGAUCAGCAGGGCUUUAACAUGCUUUAACAAUGCCUUGGAGCUGGCUUCAGAACAGAGGGAAAUCCAGCACAUCUGUCUCUACGAGAUCGGUUGGUGCAGUAUGAUGGAGCUGAGUUUUUCUGAAGCCUACAGAGCAUUCGAGCGCCUGAGGACGGAGUCACGCUGGUCCCAGUGCUACUACUCCUACCUCACUGGAGUGUGUCAGGGGGCUGCAGGAGAUCUGGACGGAGCGUGUAACGUGUUGAACGAUGCGGCUCGGCUUUUCAAGAGGAAACACAAUCAGAUUGAGCAGUUUUCCAUGAGGAAAGCUGAGGAUUUAAGGCAGCCCAGGCCUACGAAAGAGCGAUGUACAAUGGCUGCCAUCGAGAUUCUGUACCUUUGGAAAGCUCUUCCUAACUGCUCCCGGGCCAAUCUGCAGCUCAUGAUUGAAGGUCUUCAGCAGAUGGCCUCGUCGUACUGUGGACUGAAACACCUCCUGCUGGGGGCCGUGCACAAAAGCCUGGGAGACAACGCAAACGCAGUGCAGUGUUUUCAGAUGGCGUUUAACGAUGAAGAAGGGCGUGUCAGUAACUCAUACAUUCAGCCUUAUUCCCUCUAUGAGCUGGGAUGUGUACUAGUGGAAAACCCUGAGACUAAAGCCAAAGGAAGAGCUCUGCUUCUUCAAGCCAAGGAGGACUUCUCAGCGUACGAUUUUGAGAACAGGCUCCACGUACGAAUCCACACAGCUUUAGCUUCGCUCGCAGCUACAACUCCACAGUAACUCGUUCCUCUGGAGGAACUUUUCCUUCUCUGAUGUAGGAUCUACACCAUCAGGAAGGAGCACCGCCUCAGACGAGUACUAUUAAUCAUGGACUGUCCAUGGGUGUAUGGUACCCCCCCCCCCCCAAGCGCACUUUAUAUUUUUAUUUUUUGAUGAGAAACAGGAAGCGGUCAGUUUCACAUUGUGAAAUAUUCCAUCAGGAAGACGAGUUAUAGCCCAGUUACGUUUUGGAGUCACAAAGCACAUGAUCUAUGACUUUUGGACUGCGGUAUGUUUAAUCUAGUGCCUGUGAAAUGCUCAAAAGCAGUUACUAAUUUAUUUUAGGGAGUUUACAACAAUAGGUUUAAAAUGUGAAUAGUUUUAGAGGGUUUUUGUUUUUCUCUCUCUUGGUCAGUAAUGCGAUUGCCUGGUCAAGCAUGUGGUCUUGAAGCAUCACACAUCAUCACAUGCUAAAACACCACUGAACAAAACAGAAAGUUGCCAAAUUGAAACCGAGCACACCUCUUAAACUCUGGGUUAUAUUAAAGGUUUAAUAUUCACUCAUGCAGCUAGCAAUCAGGCAGCUAAAUGGUUUUUUUAUUUUUAUUGAAAAAGCCUAAAAAUGGUCUACUUUGAGAUCCUGAUAUUAUUGGAUUGAUUGUAAAUCCUGAAAUAUUUGUUCUUCUAAUAGAGAUUUCUAAAAAUAACGACGGAAGUUAUUUUACACGUGUCGUCAGUCGAAAUUGUAUCACGUAAAAAUAUCUCGCUGGUUACUGUUACAUGUAAGAGGAAGCUACUCUGAUUAAUCUGAUGUCUGUGGUUAACUAAAAAUCUAGUGUUUUCCGAAAGAAUGUAAUAUAGUGUAUGCUAAGUCCAUAUCGUUUAACAGAGAAAGGUUUAAGGUAAUCGAUUAAGUGCGUUUAUGUGUAGAAUAUGGAAUAAAAAAUGACCAGGUUACUAUAAGAGCACUUAAUGCUGGAUAUAGUUGGAUAGUGUUGUAGUAAUUAACUACAGUAUCAGGUGUAUUUAAGCAAUUAAUACUACAGAGGUAUGGUUUCACACAUGGCAACUGAAACAAGCAGGUAAUUACAUAAGGAAUAACUUCUACAGUAUUUUUUUCCACAUUAGAAAUAAUACACUUCUUUUUACACUUCCAAAGUAUUUCCUGUGCCACGUCCUUGUUCUACCUAUUUUACUCAACAGCGUAUGCGAGGUUCCAGCAGACGUGACCGCGUGCUGACCUGCUAAAUAGUACAGUUACUGCACUGUUCCAUGAUCUAAUACUCGCAGUGUUCUGAGUGAACAGGAAAUAAGUUUCGUAUUAAAUGGUGACCUGCAGUAUUAGGAUUUUUAAGCGCACAGUUACAGAAUAUCCUGUACUGAUGAAGAUGUUAACCCGGUGGAGGCAGCUAUUAAAAGUGUUUUUUUGGUUUCUUCAUGCUUUAUUGUAUCAGUCAUAGUCCUGUUCUUGACUUUCAGUUUUGGGGGAAAAAUAAACAAUGGACAAGGAAAGUUGUGGGGGGUUUUUUUUAUGACUUUUC